CGGAAGGCGGAGGCUGCAGUGAGCCGAGACUACCACAGCACUCCAGUCUGGGUGACAGAGCGAGACCCUGUCUCUAAAAGGAAAAAACAGCUAGGAAAAAGCGGACUGCCCCUUAACUUCGGAGAAGUAAAUGAGGAACUAUAACCAGUGUCUACUGUUUAGGCAUCAAACAAAAGCUGACAGGAAUCCCGCCACCGACCCGGCCGUCCCCUGGCCAAUCCCGCGCCGUUCCUCAAACUAGACCCGCUCCGACGUCGCCCUGGCGUUUCCCACGCCGAUCCUCAAACGAGGCCCGCCCCCGAUGCACAAGCUCCGCCCCUUAAACGCACCGCCCUUGCUGCACCGUCCUGACCCUCGGCUUCACCCGCUGGCUCUUCCCGCGCAGCCGAAUGCCGCCCCUGACCUGGUUCCCAGCCUACCUCGCUUCGCACUGCAUAGGAACCCCGCCCCUAGACUGUCCUCCCGCCUAUCCUGAGCCGCGUGCGCACAAAUCCCUCCCACAGACCCGCCCACCCUGAUCCUCAACCUGGCCCCUGGCCUUUCCCGCGCGGUCGAAUCCAGUACACCGGCAUAUGAGUCCCACCCCCGAUCUCGUCCUCCGCCUAUCCCGCGCCGCUCCGCGCAGGAGCCCCGCCCCCCACUUCACCCGCAGCCUAUCACGCGCCGCGUCGCUUCCUCUGCCUCAAACCCGCUCACGCCCGCGGAUGGGCGCGCGGCUGUGACGUCACUGCGUCGUUGGUAAGGGGCUGGCGGCCGGGGGGCUGCGUAGCUCCCGGCCCCGAGGCAAUGCCCAAGCGGGGCUGCCCUUUCGCGGACGCGGCCCCGCUACAGCUCAAGGUCCGCGUGGGCCAGAGGGAGGUGAGCCGCGGCGUGUGUGCCGAGCGCUACUCGCAGGAGGUCUUCGAGAAGACCAAGCGACUCCUCUUCCUCGGGGCCCAGGCCUACCUGGACCAUGUGUGGGAUGAAGGCUGUGCCGUCGUUCACCUGCCAGAGUCCCCAAAGCCUGGCCCUACAGGGGCGCCGAGGGCUGCACGUGGGCAGAUGCUGAUUGGACCAGACGGCCGCCUGAUCAGGAGCCUUGGGCAGGCCUCCGAAGCUGACCCAUCCGGGAUAGUGUCCAUCGCCUGCUCCUCAUGUGUGCGAGCCGUAGAUGGGAAGGCCGUCUGCAGCCAGUGUGAGCGAGCCCUGUGCGGGCGGUGUGUGCGCACCUGCUGGGGUCCCGUAACCCCAGCAAGCUGUGACGGGGGACGGGUGGGUCACCCAUGUUGGGAAGGGCCCAGAGCUCCCACAUGUGUGGCACCUGAUGCAGUGCCAUCUGGCAUUGCCUAACGGGACAUGGUGGCAAUAGAUGCUUGGCCCAACUUUAGUGGUAGUAAUCCUCUCUAAGGGAAAGCUCAACCUCACAGAUGACCUGCUGUGUAUCCAGCUCCGGUCCCUGUCUUCAGCCGCUUCCUGUUCUGGUCUUUGAGCGCCCCCACCUCCUCCUCCUCUGGCCUUUGAGCACCCCCCUCCCGGUCCUCCUCACUGUCUGAGAAGCCCCUGGUUGGUGACACAGGUGCACACUGCAGCUUCGCCACAGUCAUGCAUGCUGUUUGGUUGUAGACCCUCUCAGGCAGGAAGUGGAAUGUUUGCAUAGUCUCCCAUUUGUGGGUGGGUUUGCUGCAGCUGGCUGGAUCCUGUCCUUACUCCUAAGGUGGGGAGGGGCGUUCUCACCACAGGGGCCACUGAGCUGGUGGGUGGGAGUGGACAGUGUGGAGCCUGUUUGCCCUGCCCCUUGAGAAAGAUGACUUCAUCCGGACACAUGUGGAACUGGCUCUGUAGACCCAAAGCAAGCUUAGUCCAAACAGUGUCUGAAAUUGUCCAUCUAAAAUAGAAACCACAUGUUACAUCUCGAGUCCUUUGUCUCGAGCCUUUCUUCAGUCAGGGCAGAGGCCUGACUCAUUGGAGAUGGCGAGGCCUGGGCAGAGGGUGGGCAGCACCAGGGAGAAGCGCCGCGUGCCUGUGGUUGGCUCCCAUGGCUUCAACAUGGGCAGGAGUGGGGUAACGCACCCCAUCCAGGUUAGGAAUCAUCUG